UAAACAGGAAACAAUGGUUGGUGAAGGUGAAAAAGGAAAUCGCUGAAUCUUGAAGCAAGCGCGGCAGACAGUAUUGUUGAUUUUUUUUAUUCAAAGAAAGCUGUGUGCUACAGUAUCAGUAUUGUUGAAAAUCAGACCAAACGUGCAGGUUGGUCAAUAUCAUGAUGUUGAUCUCCUUCAGCCAAGCCCUUCAAAGAUAAUGGUUGGUCUAGAAGUAAAAGAAAAAUUGCACAGCAGGCGUAGAAAUUAAGAGAGCCGUCCUUUUUUCAACACUCUACUUGGUAAACAAGUCUCACUCAUCUUAUCUUCAACUCAUUAACUCGCCCAUAUAAAUAGAGCAGAACACCAGAGCAAUCCAAACCAAACUUGUUCUUGCUUAACCAAACAAACCAUGGCAUCAGUUGUGGUGGAUUACAACCAGCCUGACAUGGAGAUCAAAGCCUUCCACGGUGUCACCAAGCUUCCCUCCAUGUUCAUACACCCUCCAGAGGAUCUCCUCAGCUCUUCACUCCCUGAACCUGAAGAAGAUGCCUCAGCUAUUCGCAGCCUUCAUUUCCCUGUGAUCGAUCUCACCGGGUUAAGGUUUGAUUCCUCCGAGUGUCGAAAGGAGAUGGUGGAGGAGAUAAGGAACGCGGCCGAGUCAUGGGGAUUCUUUCAGCUGGUGAACCAUGGGAUUCCUCUUGGCGUCAUGGAGGGAAUCCAGAGAGGAGUCCGAGCUUUCCAUGAGCUUUCAGCUCAGGAGGACAAGGCAAAGUGGUACUCGCGUGACUUUGCUCGGAAGGUUAACUUGUUCAGCUUCCAUGGAGAUCUCAACGAAACAACUCCGGCCGACUGGAGAGACACCUUGUCUUGCAAGGUCCUACAAGACCCUCAAAGCUUUGAAGCAAUACCACAAAUCUGCAGGUCAUCCCUCCAUUAUACUCCCUCUGUACCACAAUACUUUUUUAAUUAUUUUUCAACUGAAGUUGAGGGUGCUUUCGUUUAUAAUAGAGAUAAAAUUAUAUUUUUUGGUAACAUUGUGAAAGUGUACAGAGAAGAAGUGAAGGAGUACAUGUCUGAGUUAUUUUCGGAAGCUUUAGGUCUUGGAAGUGAUUAUCUAGCAAGCACAAGCACAAGAUGCUUCAGUGCAAGGUCAAUGGCGUGUCACUAUUUCCCGAUAUGUCCCCAGCCACAUUUGACCAUGGGUGGGACCAAGCAUGCUGACCUCGGGUUCCUCACCUUGCUCCUCCAAGAUAGUGUCGGCGGCCUUCAAGUUCUUCAUCAAGAUGUUUGGAUUGAUGUUCCUCCGGUCAAGGGUGCGUUGCUGGCCAAUAUUGCUGACAUGAUGCAGAUUAUUACAAACGGGAAGUUCAAGAGCGUGGAGCACCGAGUUCUGCUAAGACCAACUGUAGAGCCACGUAUCUCAAUUGCAUGCUUUCUAAGCGCUGAUGAUCUUGAUAGGCCAUAUGGCCCGAUAAAGGAGCUUUUAUCAGAAGACAAUAAGCCCAUUUAUGACCAAGUCAUAUUCCGUGAAUACAUGAAGAAGUAUAAACUAUAAAUUACAUCAACGGUGUUGAAUUCUAUAUAUUCCAUCCUCUUAGAAUAAGGUUGUGAUUGGUGACAUUAAUAAUGUGGAACAAUGGAAGCAUAAAAAAUUAUAGAUAUGGACAUAUAUUUUAUUAUAGGCGACCAUGGUCAUGUUUAGAUUUUCAGAGUUAUUGUGCAAUGUAUCGUCUUUUCAUAAUCGAUCCGGUGUAUGGUUUGCUGAAUAAUUAUUGAGAAUUUUAAUGUGUGCCCACUUAUUGUAUCUUUAUCGUCAUAUCAAUGUCCUCGGCGACUUGGCCGCUCCGACGAGCUGGAGCGAACCCUUGUCCCCUCGGCCGACGCUAGCGGCCUCGACGACGACAUCUUGGCUAUGUUUCAUGUGAUAUUCUUCAAGUGCAGCAGAGUGUGCCUUGGCGCGGCU